CAGAGUGUUGGCUAGGUAUCUCAUCGAAUUUUCGCUGCACACGCGCGUAUCCUUCGGAGAAAGAUGCCGCUGUCACCGGCGUUCGUACCGUCAGUUGCCCCGAUUUCAUCGGUUUCGCGUUCAUCCUUCGUGAGCAGCGUAAGGCCGGUGGCCUAUCAUGCAGCGCAAUUGCCAUCUUAUGCGUCGCGGGUAAGCCAUAGCGUUGUGAAAUGCUCCUGGAAACCCCUCGAUAUCACCUCCGAGAAUUUUGAAUCGGAUGUUCUGAAGUCGGAUAAACCUGUGCUCGUCGAUUUUUACGCUGAGUGGUGUGGUCCCUGCAAGUUAAUGUCUCCACUUAUGGACUGGGCUGCGACCGAAUUCAAGGGUAAAUUGAAAGUCGUGAAAGUUGACACGGACAAGGAUGAUGUGUUGAUCGAUACUUACAGCAUUCGCGGGCUCCCGACUUUCGCCGUUUUUAAGGACGGUGAGGCCUUCGGGGUGAGGGAAGGAGCUAUGGGGAAGCCCGCGCUUGAGGACUAUAUUCUCAAGUAUGCACCAGAGGUUGCCUAAGCGUAGAUGUUUGGAAUAUAAAAAAGAAGGGGAGUUGAAUGUAGGAAACCAACUUCGAGAAAA